CAGUAGUCAGAACGAAUUGAGAGGAGCAAGCGUUUGGACGUAGUCGGUCGGUAUUUGGCAUUAACGACGACAACAAAUCGGCAUAAGGCAUCGGACAUAGUUAGGCAUCGGCACACACACACAUACACGGUCGUCUGCGUCGUUGCGUCGCGUAUGCCAUUUGUGCUGCUGCUCUUUCAAAUAGUCGCGGGCCUAACACUCAUUCUAUUUGUUAUUCAUUAUAUUUAUUAUAUAAUUAAUGCAAUUGCCGGCGAUUUACAAUUACAACAACAAUUGCAGCAACAGCAAUUACAAAUAUUGCAGUUGCAACAAAACGUGCAACAACAAAUAGAAAAACCAAUUGUUAAUAAGCAAAAAUAUCGACAGCAACGCAUCCCGAUAGCGUCGCCGUCUAGAAAAUAUAAUAGAAAAUCGCAUUGCUUCACAGCAACAACAACAGCAACAGCAACUGGCGAAAAAAUGCAAACAAGCGACGAUGCAAAAUUUAUAAAAAAACGUUGGAAAGGCGGCACAAUUGAACCACAUCCAACGGAUAAGGCAUUAAUUGUCAACUAUCAACUUGAGGCAACGGUCUUCGGUGAGCAAUCAAGCAAUCCGAUGAUUGAGGAGAAGAAGAAUUGCCAGAAAAUCAUACGCUUACGUUCGUUAAAUGCUAAAACGGAUCCAGCCACAUUGGCGCGUGAAGUCGUAGACAAAUGUGAUCUCAUACACAAAUCCCAAUUGGCGGAUGUGGAACAGAUAAUAUUUUAUCUGAAAAAUCGUAAAGACAAUGCUGGUGCAGAUAUCGCUGAUAACAACAGCCAGCAUCAUCGGUCGGCUGUUUCGGCGAAGCGUACGCCAGCUACCAAAGUGAACUCAAACUCUGCUGCACUUUCGCCCGCUAAAACACCAGCUAGCAAUGCUGAUGUUUCCAUCAAUAAUAUUGAUGAAUAUGUGGAGCUGCUGUAUGAGGAUUUGAGUGAGCGGAUACGUGGUUCAGCGAUGAUACUGCAAGUGGCGCGUAAUCCAGAUAAUCUGGAAGAACUGGAGAAAAAUGAGGCUUGUUUGAGCGCUUUGUCGCGUGUGUUGCGUGAAGAUUGGCGCAAAAGUUUAGAUCUAUCUACAAAUAUUAUAUAUAUUUUCUUCUGCUUUUCUACCUAUACGAAAUUCCAUCCCGUUAUUGUGCAAUAUAAGAUUGGUUCUCUCUGUAUGGACGUCAUAGACUAUGAGCUGCGACGUUAUGAAACAAUGCGCAAUGAAUUAGAUGUGAGAAAGAAUCCCGUUACCUCUGCACCACUUUCAGCUAAAUCGAGCAAAGAGAAACUGAAUCGCAGCACUGACGAUUUCCUUGAUAUAAUGAAUGAGGAAAAGCCAAAGGAGAUGGAACCACCACGUCGACGCAUACCCGAACUGAAACAACGUCCGAAGUCUGGCAAUUGGUCCAGUUUCCAUGGUUCGAUGUCCUCCUCACUGAUGAAAAGCCAAGUACUCAAUAGCAGCUACCAUGAAGCGCUCUCCAAUGGUGCAGUCACACCCGAUUCGGGUAUAUCGACGAAUGGCGAUAUGAAAGCGACUAGUAAUGAGGCUCUCGAUCGUAAUGAUCCCAAAGUUAAGAAAGAAGAAAUCGAUCGUCUUAAUAAACAAUUGAAAGUAUUUGCUAAAAAACAAGAACAACUACUGCGUGUCGCUUUCUAUUUGCUACUCAAUAUGGCGGAGAAUAUAAAAUUGGAGGAAAAAAUGCGACGCAAGCAUAUUGUGAAAAUGCUCGUGAAGACUUUGGAUCGACAAAAUAUCGAUUUGCUGAUGUUGGUGACCACGUUCUUGAAGAAACUUUCAAUUGUACGCGACAACAAAGAUGAUAUGGGUGAAUUCAAUAUCAUUGCCAAAUUGCCACGGCUCUUCCAGAGUGGUCACACCGAUUUAGCGCAGGUGACGUUGAAACUUGUCUUCAAUUUGUCAUUUGAUGGUGUGUUGCGGCGUAAAAUGGUCGGUGCUGGUUACCUGCCGAAGUUGGUGAUGUUCAUCAAUGAUGAGAAACAUCACGGUAUUGCUAUGAAGAUACUUUAUCACAUGAGCUUAGAUGAUUGGGUUAAAGGCUUAUUCACACACACCGAGUGCGUUCAAAUGGCUACCGACGCUAUCGUACUCAAUUUAAACAGCAAAGUCGAUCUCGAUCUCAUCUCGCUCUGCAUCAAUCUGUCGUUGAAUAAACGCAACGCACAAAUUAUGGUCGAAGGCAAUCGUCUGCACGAUCUAAUGGAUCGUGCCUUCAAGUAUCAAGACUCACUACUCAUGAAACUCUUGCGCAAUCUCUCGCAACAUGAAAUGCUGCAGCCAAAAUUCAUCGAUUAUGUUGGUGAUUUGGCACGCAUACUCACAAUAUGUGAAGAUGAAUCUUUUGUAGUGGAAUGCCUUGGCAUACUCGGGAAUCUGUCAUUAGCCGAUCUGGAUUAUUCACAAAUAUUGCAAAACUUCCAAUUAAUACCCUGGAUACGGGAUGUGCUGGUGCCAGGCGCCAAAUUGGAUGAUAUGGUAUUGGACACCAUAGUUUAUUUGGGCACCUGUGCACACGAUGAACUUUGUGCUCUGCUCUUCUGUCGCGCUAAAGUCGUACUCUCGCUGAUCGAACUGCUGAAGGCCAAACAAGAAGAUGAUGAAAUUGUUUUGCAAAUCAUUUUCGUAUUCCAACAGAUCUUACGGCACGAGAGUACACGCGAAUAUAUGAUCAAAGAGACUGAAUCGCCAGCGUAUCUGAUCGAUUUGAUGCACGAUAAGAAUGCUGAGAUACGAAAAGUCUGCGAUUAUUGUUUGGACAUCAUUGCCAUGAGUGAUACUGAGUGGGCGAAAAGAAUUAAGCUUGAAAAAUUCCGCAAUCACAACUCACAAUGGCUUUGUAUGGUCGAAUCGCAGCAAGAUCAGGACAAUGAACAGGACUACGCUGAUAAUGAUGAGAAUGAGAACGAACUCGACACCUAUCUGCGUAACGAUUAUUUAGACAACUGCGACCUGUACAAUAGUGCGAAUACAAAUAAGGAGAGUGAAGAUAAUGAAAGCAACAAUCCAGCCAGUCCUGCAUUGUCUACCUACAGUCGACCAGUGAGCAGCUACCGGCGCAGUGAAGACCUCGAUGAUCUCUUCAAUAUGACAUCCAGUUCAAAAUCGCAAACCUCUAGCCAAGGCGAUAGCAAUUACAUGUUCAAAUCGAAUAAAUCGCUGGACGUUGAGGGACUGCAUGAGGAGUUGUUAAUGGCAUAAGAGAGUUAGAUCACAAGACACACAUACACGUAUAUAGAUACUUCAAAACUAAUGUGCAUAUGUAAAUAUGUAUAUGCCACAACACAAGAAUGACAAGAAUGUCCAUUGAAGCAGGAAUGGAACUCUUUAACUCCUCAAUGUACGCUUUGGUUAUUGAAACAAAAUUUUGCGCUACAACAACAAAAUGUGAAAUAGAAGUAACUACACAUACUUACAUACAUACAUAUAUGUAUUUAUAUUAUAUAACGAAACAUCACUCAUUCUCACACACACAUGCUUGUGUGUUUGUAGUUUACCAUGUACCAUUUGUACUAGUUGUUGAUUGCGGCUUUGUCCAUGUUCGUAGCCUUCGUACGCAUCGCAACCGAACAACCAACCAAACAACUUCUUAGAAACAAUUUGAAAAGCGUCAAAAUCUCUACUCUCUUAUAAUUGUGUAUUUAUUUAUAUUUAUUAAAAUGCAUUUACAGACGUAUGUUUAUCGACGACAUUAAACAAAAAGCAAGAACAAAAAAAAAAACAAACUCGACAUUCGACUAUUGCACACAACAAGAAUGUGCGAUUAGUAGGAGCAAAUAAAA